AUGGAUGCCAACGUGGAUGUCAACAUGAAUGUCGUAAUUGAUGUUAAUGUGGAUGCCAACGUGGAUGUCAACAUAGAUGUCAGCAUGGAUGUCAACGUUGAUGUCAACAUGAAUGUCGUAAUGGAUGCCAACGUAGAUGUCAGCAUGGAUGUCAAUGCGGAUGUCUUAAUGGAUGUGAACGUGGAUGUCAACAUGAAUGUCGUCAUGGAUGCCAACGUGGAUGUCAACAUAGAUGUCAGAAUGGAUGUCAACGUUGAUGUCAACAUGAAUCUCGAAAUGGAUGUCAAUGUAGAUGUCAACAGGAAUGUCAGCGUGGAUGUCGUAAUGGAUCUUAAUGUGGAUGUCAACGCGGAUGUCAACGUGGAUGUGAACGUGGCCAUCAACAUGAUUGUCGUAAUGGAUGCCGACGUGGAUGUCAGCAUGGAUGUCAAUGCGGAUGUCAACGUUGAUGUCAACGUGGAUGUCAACAUGAAUGUCUUAAUGGAUGCCAACGUGGAUGUCAACAUAGAUGUCAGCAUGGAUGUCAACGUUGAUGUCAACAUGAAUGUCGUAAUGGAUGCCAACGUAGAUGUCAGCAUGGAUGUCAAUGCGGAUGUCCUAAUGGAUGUCAACGUGGAUGUCAACAUGAAUGUCGUAAUGGAUGCCAACGUGGAUGUCAACAUACAUGUCAGCAUGGAUGUCAACGUGUAUGUCAACAUGAAUGUCGCAAUGGAUGUGUGA